AUGCGGACCCUGUUGCUCUUCGCGAUUCUCUGCGUUCUCUCCACGCAAAGGGUUAAGAGUGCCAUCGAUUCAAAGUCACAGAUCUCUGUGAAUCAGGCAAAAAGGGAAUCGACCUUGAAGGAGUUGCGGGAAAUGCUGAAGCAAGCGUCGAAUUCGAGCUCGAACUCCACUGGCGAGGUGACCGUCACCAGACAAGGUCCCUGUCAAUGCGGAGGAGGCCUCUGCGGAUGCUGCUCAAAAAUUCUGUUCGACUCCUGGAACCAGAAGGCCUGUGUGAACGUGACGUACGACCCGGACGAGUUCAGCUUCACUGCGAAAAUUUUGAUGAACGACAGAGUUCUGUAUACGAGGACCGUCUCUGGGAAGAAUCCCAGACCCGUGUGUGUACCAGUGCCAAGAAUACGAAUUAUCAAAGCCUGCGCUCGAUUCUACGACAUCUACUUCCAAGGCAGAAACAUUCACAUGUGUUUGAACAUGGAGGGGAAGUUCCAAGAUACCACAGUAUUUAAGGUUGGGUUAGAUUGCAUCAGAUUCGGCGCUAACGGAUUGGCUGUGGUCAAACCAGAGGAUGGAGGUGGACUAGGUCAAAUAGAAUUCUUGCCAGGUGACGACGAGGAGGAGGAUGAGGAUAAUGAUGAGGAUGAGGACGAUUAUGAUUACGACGAUGACGACGACGAUGACGACGAUUUGCUUGAUUUCUGA